GGUUGCGUUGCGUACUUGCGUUCGCCAACGCACCUACCAACACGAACCCUCUUUUUUCUUCCUCUGCUUCAACCUUCCCACUCUGUCUCUCUCUCUCACACACACUCUGAGCUUUCUUUUCCUAGCGGCGCCGCCAUUCGAUCAGUUUUCGUCGGCCGCUUUGCCGGCGACAGCAUACUCCAGGUGGUUGGUUUUGGCACUCUGGACCGGCGUCCAUGGCUUCCGACGGCGUCGCCCCCAGAGAUGUAUGUAUUGUUGGGGUCGCACGCACCCCUAUGGGUGGUUUCCUUGGUGCCUUGUCUUCCUUUCCUGCUACGAAACUUGGCUCUAUAGCAAUUCAAGCUGCUCUGGAAAGAGCAAAUGUGGAUCCAGCCCUCGUGCAGGAGGUCUACUUUGGAAAUGUCUUGAGUGCUAAUUUGGGACAAGCUCCUGCAAGGCAAGCUGCUCUGGGUGCCGGGAUACCAAACUCUGUUGUCUGCACCACUGUUAACAAAGUCUGUGCAUCUGGCGUGAAAGCUACUAUGUUUGCAGCACAGUCAAUUCAAUUGGGUAUCAAUAAUAUUGUUGUGGCUGGUGGCAUGGAAAGUAUGUCCAAUGCCCCAAAGUACAUUGCUGAAGCUAGGAAGGGGUCUCGUUUUGGUCAUGACACACUUGUUGACGCCAUGCUAAAGGAUGGGCUUUGGGAUGUAUACAAUGAUUGUGCCAUGGGCAUGUGCGCCGAGCUUUGUGCUGACAAUCAUGCCCUCACAAGAGAAGACCAGGAUGCAUUUGCUAUCCAAAGCAACGAACGUGGAAUUGCUGCUCGCGACAGUGGUGCUUUUACAUGGGAGAUCGUUCCGGUUCAAGUUCCUGUUGGUAGAGGAAAACCCCCAACACUCAUUGAGAAAGAUGAAAGCCUGGAUAAGUUUGACCCAGUAAAACUAAAGAAACUUCGCCCAAGUUUCAAGGAGAAUGGUGGUACAGUUACAGCUGGAAAUGCUUCUAGUAUAAGUGAUGGAGCUGCUGCAUUAGUUCUGGUGAGUGGGCAGAAGGCUCAAGAGCUUGGCCUGCAAGUCCUUGCAAGGAUCAAAGGAUAUGCUGAUGCAGCUCAAGCUCCGGAGCUUUUUACAACCACUCCAGCACUUGCAAUACCAAAGGCUAUAGCAAAUGCUGGAUUAGAGUCAUCCCAUGUUGAUUUCUAUGAGAUUAAUGAAGCCUUUUCGGCUGUUGCACUUGCAAAUCAAAAGCUUCUCGGGAUUCCUUCAGAAAAGAUUAAUGUUCAUGGAGGAGCUGUAUCUUUAGGACAUCCUCUCGGGUGCAGUGGUGCUCGCAUUUUGGUUACCCUUAUUGGCGUUCUCAGGGCGAAGAGUGGCAAGAUCGGAGUUGCUGGUGUCUGCAACGGUGGAGGCGGAGCAUCAGCUCUUGUUCUCGAGCUCGCAUAAGAAAUCUAGACCUUGUAAGAUUGAAAACGCUGAAUAUAUCUCAACUCAAAUGGAUUCUUUUACUAUAUGGGAAAGUAUUAAAAAGGUGCUAACCAAUAUCAGUUGUUAUUGUCAACUUGUAAUAUGAUUGCAUAGUCAGCUGAACCUAAUUGAGUGAUCCUUUCUUUUUAUUUACAAUUGCUGUGCAAUUUCACUAAUUGCUACAACUUGAUAUUGCGGUGCAAUCUUCAGUAGUUAGCAACAGCUCCCUGAGGUGAUCUUGUAAUCUUAUGUUGAUGUUUAUUUUUCCGUUGUAGUAGUUCAUAGAACAUUCGUAAGUUGAUUUGGCAAUAAAGCGUGUCGCGCUUCUGUUA